CCCGUGCACACAAUCCGCAUCCCUAAAUUUGAAAGUCUUGAAGCUGAACGCGCAUUUCGCAAACUCCACCACGCCGCAGCUCUAAGGUGGCUCGGGUACAACGGGUACAACAACGAAGGCGCAGGAGGACACGUCACGGUCCGCGACCCCAUUCUGACCGACCACUUCUGGAUCAACCCGCACGGCAAAUCCUUCAGCCACAUGCGACCCGAAGAUCUUGUGUUGGUAAGUAAAGGCGGCGAAGUCAAGGAAGGAGGCAACAUGCACUCGAUCAAUCCUGCCGGCUACGUGAUUCACGCUGCCGUCCAUGAAGCCAGGCCGGACGUUGUUGCGGCGGUACAUUGCCACAGUGUACCGAGUAAAGCGUUUAGCGCGAUGGGAUGUAAACUUGAGCCGAUCAAUCAGGAUGCUUGCAGGUUCUACAACGAUCACAGCAUCUACGAAGGAUUCGGCGGGAUAGCAUUCAAAGCCGAUGAAGGAGUCCACAUCGCGCAAGCACUUGGCAAUACUAAGGGCGUGAUCCUCCAGAACCAUGGACAUCUUACGGUGGCUAAGACCGUGGAUGGUGCGGCAUUCUUGUUCGGCGCAAUGGAUAGAUGUAUUCAGGCUCAAUUACUCGCGGAUGCAGCGUGCGCAGGACGAGGAACCUCAACGAUCAAGGUUGGGCGUGAGGAGGCGGAAUACACGAGGAAUACGUAUAAUGAUGAGAUGGUGUAUAUCAUGUUUCAG